AUGGUUGGAAUAUCCUGCCUAUAUCGAUACUGCAACAAGAGACCUACGUGUACUUCUUCUGCCACUACUAUUAUCACAAAUAGAGUCUUUGCAGUAAGAAAGCUCCACCAAGCCGCCAAUAUUGACAGUAUUCCACCUCCACCGACCAUCAUCACUGACGAAGGGAUUAUGGUGCAUCAAGCCGAUCCUUCCACGACGGGCAAUGGCUUGGGGUUGGUCUGGGGAAGUGUCCUGUGGCCUUCGGGAGUGAGUUUGGCCAAGUAUCUCUCGUGGAGGGGAUGUGGCUUUAUACGAUCGAAACGAAUUUUGGAAUUGGGAUGUGGCACGGGCAUUGUCGGAUUGACACUGGCCAAGAACUUGCAAGCCCAACAUGUCACAUUGACCGAUUCGGAAUCGGCCUUGUGGCCCGUUUUGAGAAGGAGUAUCGAUGCCAACCACAUUCCACAGGACAGCGUGUCGAUUCAUGAACUUGAUUGGAGAGAUCCGAGUACCUUCUUGUUGACGACCAACAAGAGCAAUACACAACAGCAACGGCAGCCAGUGGAUCUCGUGGUGGCCGCCGACGUUUUGUAUUCCGGAAUGGACAAAUUGUUUGCUCGCGCAUUGGCAGCUCAUUUGCCGUCCUUGUCGGAAACGGGAAAUGAUGAUGAUGCCACUAAUACUGCCGAGGCCAUUAUUGCCUGUCCCUACCGAUCCGAUUCUCCUCUAAUGGGAUUCUUUGAAGCUUCCAUGCGGCUGGGUCUCGAAUUUGACAGACUGGAAAAUAAUCAAGGACAAGCGGUAGGAUCCUAUCACGGAGUGGACUGUGCCAGUGCCUUUGAUGGCAGCCAGUUUGUCCCGCUAGAAACCAAGCAUCAGUUGCAACAUGUGGCGGGGCAACCAACCUUUUCAUCCGUCAACGUCAAACAAGUGCAGAUAUUUCGGGCUCGUCGUGUCCACGGGACGGCGACAGAAGCGGCCAGUAUUCGAAGGGUGGGCCGGAUCUAG